AUGACGUCUGAUCCAAAAAAAAUUGAAUCUGAAGUUGAGGGAGAAAGAGAAGAUUCAGAUGAAUUGAAAAAUGAUUUGAUAUUCUUGGAGAGUGCAGUGGAACCUUUUGUUAGAAUUUUGGAAUCAUGGGAAAGAACUUUUGAUUACAGACAAAAUCUUUUCAAAGAACCAAGCUUUGAAAUCGAUAAAAUUUUUAAUAAGUUCCCAUGUUCAAAAAUGCCUUAUGCCUUAGAAUUGUUUGAAGCAGACUUCAAUCGGAUAUACCCUGAGAAAAUUGAUAUUGUUCAUUCAGAGGGCCCAAAAAUAUGUAGGGCAAUCAUUAAAGAAAGUGAAGAACGUAAGGUUUCACCAUUCAAAGAAGAUAUAGAAGAUACAAAUAAAAAAGCUCUUUUUCUAUUGCCAUACAUGUUUUCACCAGUAACCAUCAAAAAAGGAAAGUCUAACUCUGGAAUAUAUAGACCUACAAGAAAGGAAGUACAGGAAAGCUUUUUUGUACAAGCUGAGAAUUUUGAAGAAAUAGAAGAUCUCAUCUCCAAGAGAUCAAAGUUGUUGGAUCCUUUAGAAAUACCAAUUCAACCGUUUAUGGCAGAGGUAGGGAAUCAUUUUUUCAUUUACUUCUACGGAAUGCAAUAUAAACUUGAUUCGAGUUUGAGAAGUUUGGAGCUUUUAUAUAAAAUCUACCACUCUCUUAACUUGGAGUACCCAGCCGAGUCAAAACAUGUAUGGCAAGUUAUUCAAGAUGCAAUAUUCAAAAUGCCUAUCAGUGGAAAGAGCAGCAACGUCGUUACCUUCCUUAAUGAUCUCAAAGUUCAUACAGUAUAAUUUCAAAUCUAAGUACUGAUCUUAGUUUCAACGCAAAAUAGUCAUUUCCAGAGUUAUAUUAUCUUCAUUGC